UGGAGGCGAUUGUUUUCGUAGUUUUAAAAAAUAUUUCUGCUACAUUUUUAGAAAUUCAUUAUUAUUAUGGCCUUUAGUGCAAGAACAGCUCGUUUAGCAAGAGAAAUUAAGAACUUAGAGCUUAAGCCACCAUGGGGAAUAACUUGUCGUCUUGAAAAAGAAGAUGUUUGCGAUGUAUUACUCGUAAAAAUGUCUGGACCUAGAGGUUCGCCUUAUGAAAAAGGAUUAUUUAAAUUGAUUAUAAAUGUACCUGAUAGGUAUCCUUUUGAGCCGCCUCAAGUUAAAUUUGUGACACCUGUAUAUCAUCCAAAUAUCGAUAAAGGUGGUCGCAUAUGCAUGAACAUGCUGAAAAUGCCGCCAAAGGGUUCAUGGCUGCCAACCAUAACAAUUGAGACUCUGCUGAUCUCUGUACAAACUCUCCUCGCCACACCCAAUCCUGAUGAUCCUCUAAUGAUGGACAUUGCUUUUGAAUAUAAGUAUGAUAUCGACAAAUUCCAUGAAAACGCAGUGAAAUUCACAGAAAAGUAUGCUGUGAAUUCUAAUGAUUGAUCUGGCAACUGGUUUGAAAAUUUACCAAGCUGUUUUAUACAUUUCAAUUAUAUAAUUAUGACUGUUAUGA